AUGCCCGCCAACUAUAUCAGAAGUGCCAGGAGAUGCGGACCCACCUGUACUCUACCUUCUGGAUCUGAAAAAAAACCCUUCGACACGGUGAAUCGUGAAGUGCUGUGGAAAAUCAUGCAGAAGUUCGGUUGCUCAGAGAGAUUCACUCAGAUCAUGCGUCAGCCCCAUGAUGGCAUGAUGGCGCGAGUCACGGAUAACGAAGCUGUCUCAGAGGCAUCCAAAGUGACCAAAGGAGUGACGCAGGACUGCAUCCUGGCGCCCACCCUCUUCAGUCUUAUCUUCGCUGCCAUGCUGAUGGACGCCUACCGUGACGAACGUCCUGGUAUCCGCGUCGCCUACAGGACGGAAGGUCAACUCCCCCAUCACCGGCGGACGCACUUCCAGAUGCGUGAAUCCCCAACUCCGUCCACGAAUUUCUCUUCGCGGACGACUGCACCCUCGACACGACCUCGGCAGAGGAGAUGCAACGGAGCAUCUAUCUCUUCUCCGCCGCCGCCUUCGAGAACUUCGAUCUCGUAA